AUGCCUCACGUCCCGCUGACACCUCGAGAGGCACGCGGAGUUCAUUGCUUCAAAAGGCUCAAGACGUAUGCCAACUUUCCAGAAGCACCUCAGGAGGAGGCUUCUCCCAGCAAUAGGCUCAAGACUUAUGCCAACUUUCCAGAAGCACCUCAGGAGGAGGCUUCUCUCAGCAAUAGGUUCAAGACGUAUGCCAACUUUCCAGAAGCACCUCAGGAGGAGGCUUCUUUCAGCAAUAGGUUCAAGACGUAUGCCAACUUUCCAGAAGCACCUCAGGAGGAGGCUUCUUUCAGCAAUAGGCUCAAGACUUAUGCCAACUUUCCAGAAGCACCUCAGGAGGAGGAUUCUCUCAGCAAUAGGCUCAAGACGUAUGCCAACUUUCCAGAAGCACCUCAGGAGGAGGCUUCUCUCAGCAAUAGGCUCAAGACGUAUGCCAACUUUCCAGAAGCACCUCAGCAGGAGGCUUCUCUCAGCAAUAGGCUCAAGACGUAUGCCAACUUUCCAGAAGCACCUCAGGAGGAGGCUUCUCCCAGCAAUAGGCUCAAGACUUAUGCCAACUUUCCAGAAGCACCUCAGGAGGAGGCUUCUCUCAGCAAUAGGCUCAAGACGUAUGCCAACUUUCCAGAAGCACCUCAGGAGGAGGCUUCUCCCAGCAAUAGGCUCAAGACGUAUGCCAACUUUCCAGAAGCACCUCAGGAGGAGGCUUCUCCCAGCAAUAGGCUCAAGACGUAUGCCAACUUUCCAGAAGCACCUCAGGAGGAGGCUUCUUUCAGCAAUAGGCUCAAGACGUAUGCCAACUUUCCAGAAGCACCUCAGCAGGAGGCUUCUCUCAGCAAUAGGCUCAAGACGUAUGCCAACUUUCCAGAAGCACCUCAGCAGGAGGCUUCUCUCAGCAAUAGGCUCAAGACGUAUGCCAACUUUCCAGAAGCACCUCAGCAGGAGGCUUCUCUCAGCAAUAGGCUCAAGACUUAUGCCAACUUUCCAGAAGCACCUCAGGAGGAGGCUUCUCUCAGCAAUAGGCUCAAGACUUAUGCCAACUUUCCAGAAGCACCUCAGGAGGAGGAUUCUCUCAGCAAUAGGCUCAAGACGUAUGCCAUCUUUCCAGAAGCACCUCAGGAGGAGGCUUCUCCCAGCAAUAGGCUCAAGACGUAUGCCAACUUUCCAGAAGCACCUCAGGAGGAGGCUUCUCCCAGCAAUAGGCUCAAGACUUAUGCCAACUUUCCAGAAGCACCUCAGGAGGAGGCUUCUCUCAGCAAUAGGCUCAAGACGUAUGCCAACUUUCCAGAAGCACCUCAGGAGGAGGCUUCUCUCAGCAAUAGGAUCAAGACGUAUGCCAACUUUCCAGAAGCACCUCAGGAGGAGGCUUCUCCCAGCAAUAGGAUCAAGACGUAUGCCAACUUUCCAGAAGCACCUCAGGAGGAGGCUUCUCCCAGCAAUAGGCUCAAGACGUAUGCCAACUUUCCAGAAGCACCUCAGGAGGAGGCUUCUCCCAGCAAUAGGCUCAAGACUUAUGCCAACUUUCCAGAAGCACCUCAGGAGGAGGCUUCUCUCAGCAAUAGGCUCAAGACGUAUGCCAACUUUCCAGAAGCACCUCAGGAGGAGGCUUCUCUCAGCAAUAGGCUCAAGACGUAUGCCAACUUUCCAGAAGCACCUCAGGAGGAGGCUUCUCUCAGCAAUAGGUUCAAGACUUAUGCCAACUUUCCAGAAGCACCUCAGGAGGAGGCUUCUCUCAGCAAUAGGCUCAAGACGUAUGCCAACUUUCCAGAAGCACCUCAGGAGGAGGCUUCUCCCAGCAAUAGGCUCAAGACGUAUGCCAACUUUCCAGAAGCACCUCAGCAGGAGGCUUCUCUCAGCAAUAGGCUCAAGACGUAUGCCAACUUUCCAGAAGCACCUCAGGAGGAGGCUUCUCCCAGCAAUAGGCUCAAGACGUAUGCCAACUUUCCAGAAGCACCUCAGGAGGAGGCUUCUCCCAGCAAUAGGCUCAAGACUUAUGCCAACUUUCCAGAAGCACCUCAGGAGGAGGAUUCUCUCAGCAAUAGGCUCAAGACGUAUGCCAUCUUUCCAGAAGCACCUCAGGAGGAGGCUUCUCCCAGCAAUAGGUUCAAGACUUAUGCCAACUUUCCAGAAGCACCUCAGGAGGAGGCUUCUCUCAGCAAUAGGCUCAAGACGUAUGCCAUCUUUCCAGAAGCACCUCAGGAGGAGGCUUCUCCCAGCAAUAGGUUCAAGACUUAUGCCAACUUUCCAGAAGCACCUCAGGAGGAGGCUUCUCUCAGCAAUAGGCUCAAGACGUAUGCCAACUUUCCAGAAGCACCUCAGGAGGAGGCUUCUCUCAGCAAUAGGUUCAAGACGUAUGCCAACUUUCCAGAAGCACCUCAGGAGGAGGCUUCUCUCAGCAAUAGGCUCAAGACGUAUGCCAACUUUCCAGAAGCACCUCAGGAGGAGGCUUCUCCCAGCAAUAGGCUCAAGACUUAUGCCAACUUUCCAGAAGCACCUCAGGAGGAGGCUUCUCUCAGCAAUAGGCUCAAGACGUAUGCCAACUUUCCAGAAGCACCUCAGGAGGAGGCUUCUCUCAGCAAUAGGCUCAAGACGUAUGCCAACUUUCCAGAAGCACCUCAGGAGGAGGCUUCUCCCAGCAAUAGGCUCAAGACGUAUGCCAACUUUCCAGAAGCACCUCAGGAGGAGGCUUCUCCCAGCAAUAGGCUCAAGACGUAUGCCAACUUUCCAGAAGCACCUCAGGAGGAGGCUUCUCCCAGCAAUAGGUUCAAGACUUAUGCCAACUUUCCAGAAGCACCUCAGGAGGAGGCUUCUCUCAGCAAUAGGCUCAAGACUUAUGCCAACUUUCCAGAAGCACCUCAGGAGGAGGCUUCUCUCAGCAAUAGGCUGAAGACGUAUGCCAACUUUCCAGAAGCACCUCAGGAGGAGGCUUCUCUCAGCAAUAGGCUCAAGACUUAUGCCAACUUUCCAGAAGCACCUCAGGAGGAGGCUUCUCUCAGCAAUAGGUUCAAGACGUAUGCCAACUUUCCAGAAGCACCUCAGGAGGAGGCUUCUCUCAGCAAUAGGCUCAAGACGUAUGCCAACUUUCCAGAAGCACCUCAGGAGGAGGCUUCUCCCAGCAAUAGGCUCAAGACUUAUGCCAACUUUCCAGAAGCACCUCAGGAGGAGGCUUCUCUCAGCAAUAGGCUCAAGACGUAUGCCAACUUUCCAGAAGCACCUCAGGAGGAGGCUUCUCUCAGCAAUAGGCUCAAGACGUAUGCCAACUUUCCAGAAGCACCUCAGGAGGAGGCUUCUCCCAGCAAUAGGCUCAAGACGUAUGCCAACUUUCCAGAAGCACCUCAGGAGGAGGCUUCUCCCAGCAAUAGGCUCAAGACGUAUGCCAACUUUCCAGAAGCACCUCAGGAGGAGGCUUCUCCCAGCAAUAGGUUCAAGACUUAUGCCAACUUUCCAGAAGCACCUCAGGAGGAGGCUUCUCUCAGCAAUAGGCUCAAGACUUAUGCCAACUUUCCAGAAGCACCUCAGGAGGAGGCUUCUCUCAGCAAUAGGCUCAAGACUUAUGCCAACUUUCCAGAAGCACCUCAGGAGGAGGCUUCUCUCAGCAAUAGGUUCAAGACGUAUGCCAACUUUCCUGAAGCACCUCAGGAGGAGGCUUCUCUCAGCAAUAGGCUCAAGACGUAUGCCAACUUUCCAGAAGCACCUCAGGAGGAGGCUUCUCCCAGCAAUAGGCUCAAGACUUAUGCCAACUUUCCAGAAGCACCUCAGGAGGAGGCUUCUCUCAGCAAUAGGCUCAAGACGUAUGCCAACUUUCCAGAAGCACCUCAGGAGGAGGCUUCUCUCAGCAAUAGGCUCAAGACUUAUGCCAACUUUCCAGAAGCACCUCAGGAGGAGGCUUCUCUCAGCAAUAGGCUCAAGACGUAUGCCAACUUUCCAGAAGCACCUCAGGAGGAGGCUUCUCUCAGCAAUAGGCUCAAGACUUAUGCCAACUUUCCAGAAGCACCUCAGGAGGAGGCUUCUCUCAGCAAUAGGCUCAAGACUUAUGCCAACUUUCCAGAAGCACCUCAGGAGGAGGCUUCUCUCAGCAAUAGGCUCAAGACGUAUGCCAACUUUCCAGAAGCACCUCAGGAGGAGGCUUCUCUCAGCAAUAGGCUCAAGACUUAUGCCAACUUUCCAGAAGCACCUCAGGAGGAGGCUUCUCUCAGCAAUAGGCUCAAGACUUAUGCCAACUUUCCAGAAGCACCUCAGGAGGAGGCUUCUCUCAGCAAUAGGCUCAAGACGUAUGCCAACUUUCCAGAAGCACCUCAGGAGGAGGCUUCUCUCAGCAAUAGGCUCAAGACUUAUGCCAACUUUCCAGAAGCACCUCAGGAGGAGGCUUCUCUCAGCAAUAGGCUCAAGACGUAUGCCAACUUUCCAGAAGCACCUCAGGAGGAGGCUUCUCUCAGCAAUAGGCUCAAGACGUAUGCCAACUUUCCAGAAGCACCUCAGGAGGAGGCUUCUCUCAGCAAUAGGCUCAAGACUUAUGCCAACUUUCCAGAAGCACCUCAGGAGGAGGCUUCUCUCAGCAAUAGGCUCAAGACGUAUGCCAACUUUCCAGAAGCACCUCAGGAGGAGGCUUCUCUCAGCAUUAGGCUCAAGACGUAUGCCAACUUUCCAGAAGCACCUCAGGAGGAGGCUUCUCUCAGCAAAAGGCUCAAGACGUAUGCCAACUUUCCAGAAGCACCUCAGGAGGAGGCUUCUGUCAGCAAUAGGCUCAAGACGUAUGCCAACUUUCCAGAAGCACCUCAGGAGGAGGCUUCUCUCAUCAAUAGGCUCAAGACUUAUGCCAACUUUCCAGAAGCACCUCAGGAGGAGGCUUCUCUCAGCAAUAGGCUCAAGACGUAUGCCAACUUUCCAGAAGCACCUCAGGAGGAGGCUUCUCUCAGCAAUAGGCUCAAGACUUAUGCCAACUUUCCAGAAGCACCUCAGGAGGAGGCUUCUCUCAGCAAUAGGCUCAAGACGUAUGCCAACUUUCCAGAAGCACCUCAGGAGGAGGCUUCUCUCAGCAAUAGGCUCAAGACGUAUGCCAACUUUCCAGAAGCACCUCAGGAGGAGGCUUCUCUCAGCAAUAGGCUCAAGACGUAUGCCAACUUUCCAGAAGCACCUCAGGAGGAGGCUUCUCUCAGCAAUAGGCUCAAGACUUAUGCCAACUUUCCAGAAGCACCUCAGGAGGACGCUUCUCUCAGCAAUAGGCUCAAGACGUAUGCCAACUUUCCAGAAGCACCUCAGGAGGAGGCUUCUCUCAGCAAUAGGCUCAAGACGUAUGCCAACUUUCCAGAAGCACCUCAGGAGGAGGCUUCUCUCAGCAAUAGGCUCAAGACGUAUGCCAACUUUCCAGAAGCACCUCAGGAGGAGGCUUCUCUCAGCAAUAGGCUCAAGACUUAUGCCAACUUUCCAGAAGCACCUCAGGAGGAGGCUUCUCUCAGCAAUAGGCUCAAGACGUAUGCCAACUUUCCAGAAGCACCUCAGGAGGAGGCUUCUCUCAGCAUUAGGCUCAAGACGUAUGCCAACUUUCCAGAAGCACCUCAGGAGGAGGCUUCUCUCAGCAAUAGGCUCAAGACGUAUGCCAACUUUCCAGAAGCACCUCAGGAGGAGGCUUCUGUCAGCAAUAGGCUCAAGACGUAUGCCAACUUUCCAGAAGCACCUCAGGAGGAGGCUUCUCUCAGCAUUAGGCUCAAGACGUAUGCCAACUUUCCAGAAGCACCUCAGGAGGAGGCUUCUCUCAGCAAUAGGCUCAAGACGUAUGCCAACUUUCCAGAAGCACCUCAGGAGGAGGCUUCUGUCAGCAAUAGGCUCAAGACGUAUGCCAACUUUCCAGAAGCACCUCAGGAGGAGGCUUCUCUCAGCAUUAGGCUCAAGACGUAUGCCAACUUUCCAGAAGCACCUCAGGAGGAGGCUUCUCUCAGCAAUAGGCUCAAGACGUAUGCCAACUUUCCAGAAGCACCUCAGGAGGAGGCUUGUCUCAGCAAUAGGCUCAAGACGUAUGCCAACUUUCCAGAAGCACCUCAGGAGGAGGCUUCUCUCAGCAAUAGGCUCAAGACGUAUGCCAACUUUCCAGAAGCACCUCAGGAGGAGGCUUCUCUCAGCAAUAGGCUCAAGACGUAUGCCAACUUUCCAGAAGCACCUCAGGAGGAGGCUUCUCUCAGCAAUAGGCUCAAGACGUAUGCCAACUUUCCAGAAGCACCUCAGGAGGAGGCUUCUGUCAGCAAUAGGCUCAAGACGUAUGCCAACUUUCCAGAAGCACCUCAGGAGGAGGCUUCUCUCAGCAAUAGGCUCAAGACGUAUGCCAACUUUCCAGAAGCACCUCAGGAGGAGGCUUCUCUCAGCAAUAGGCUCAAGACGUAUGCCAACUUUCCAGAAGCACCUCAGGAGGAGGCUUCUCUCAGCAAUAGGCUCAAGACGUAUGCCAACUUUCCAGAAGCACCUCAGGAGGAGGCUUCUCUCAGCAAUAGGCUCAAGACGUAUGCCAACUUUCCAGAAGCACCUCAGGAGGAGGCUUCUCUCAGCAAUAGGCUCAAGACGUAUGCCAACUUUCCAGAAGCACCUCAGGAGGAGGCUUCUGUCAGCAAUAGGCUCAAGACGUAUGCCAACUUUCCAGAAGCACCUCAGGAGGAGGCUUCUCUCAGCAAUAGGCUCAAGACGUAUGCCAACUUUCCAGAAGCACCUCAGGAGGAGGCUUCUCUCAGCAAUAGGCUCAAGACGUAUGCCAACUUUCCAGAAGCACCUCAGGAGGAGGCUUCUGUCAGCAAUAGGCUCAAGACGUAUGCCAACUUUCCAGAAGCACCUCAGGAGGAGGCUUCUCUCAGCAAUAGGCUCAAGACGUAUGCCAACUUUCCAGAAGCACCUCAGGAGGAGGCUUCUCUCAGCAAUAGGCUCAAGACGUAUGCCAACUUUCCAGAAGCACCUCAGGAGGAGGCUUCUCUCAGCAAUAGGCUCAAGACGUAUGCCAACUUUCCAGAAGCACCUCAGGAGGAGGCUUCUCUCAGCAAUAGGCUCAAGACUUAUGCCAACUUUCCAGAAGCACCUCAGGAGGAGGCUUCUCUCAGCAAUAGGUUCAAGACGUAUGCCAACUUUCCAGAAGCACCUCAGGAGGAGGCUUCUCUCAGCAAUAGGCUCAAGACUUAUGCCAACUUUCCAGAAGCACCUCAGGAGGAGGCUUCUCUCAGCAAUAGGUUCAAGACGUAUGCCAACAUUCCAGAAGCACCUCAGGAGGAGGCUUCUCUCAGCAAUAGGCUCAAGACUUAUGCCAACUUUCCAGAAGCACCUCAGGAGGAGGCUUCUCUCAGCAAUAGGCUCAAGACGUAUGCCAACUUUCCAGAAGCACCUCAGGAGGAGGCUUCUCUCAGCAAUAGGUUCAAGACGUAUGCCAACUUUCCAGAAGCACCUCAGGAGGAGGCUUCUCUCAGCAAUAGGUUCAAGACGUAUGCCAACUUUCCAGAAGCACCUCAGGAGGAGGCUUCUCUCAGCAAUAGGCUCAAGACUUAUGCCAACUUUCCAGAAGCACCUCAGGAGGAGGCUUCUCUCAGCAAUAGGCUCAAGACGUAUGCCAACUUUCCAGAAGCACCUCAGGAGGAGGCUUCUCCCAGCAAUAGGCUCAAGACUUAUGCCAACUUUCCAGAAGCACCUCAGGAGGAGGCUUCUCUCAGCAAUAGGCUCAAGACGUAUGCCAACUUUCCAGAAGCACCUCAGGAGGAGGCUUCUCCCAGCAAUAGGCUCAAGACGUAUGCCAACUUUCCAGAAGCACCUCAGGAGGAGGCUUCUCUCAGCAAUAGGCUCAAGACGUAUGCCAACUUUCCAGAAGCACCUCAGGAGGAGGCUUCUGUCAGCAAUAGGCUCAAGACGUAUGCCAACUUUCCAGAAGCACCUCAGGAGGAGGCUUCUCUCAGCAAUAGGCUCAAGACGUAUGCCAACUUUCCAGAAGCACCUCAGGAGGAGGCUUCUCUCAGCAAUAGGCUCAAGACAUAUGCCAACUUUCCAGAAGCACCUCAGGAGGAGGCUUCUCUCAGCAAUAGGCUCAAGACGUAUGCCAACUUUCCAGAAGCACCUCAGGAGGAGGCUUCUCUCAGCAAUAGGCUCAAGACGUAUGCCAACUUUCCAGAAGCACCUGAGGAGGAGGCUUCUCUCAGCAAUAGGCUCAAGACGUAUGCCAACUUUCCAGAAGCACCUCAGGAGGAGGCUUCUCUCAGCAAUAGGCUCAAGACGUAUGCCAACUUUCCAGAAGCACCUCAGGAGGAGGCUUCUGUCAGCAAUAGGCUCAAGACGUAUGCCAACUUUCCAGAAGCACCUCAGGAGGAGGCUUCUCUCAGCAAUAGGCUCAAGACGUAUGCCAACUUUCCAGAAGCACCUCAGGAGGAGGCUUCUCUCAGCAAUAGGCUCAAGACGUAUGCCAACUUUCCAGAAGCACCUCAGGAGGAGGCUUCUCUCAGCAAUAGGCUCAAGACGUAUGCCAACUUUCCAGAAGCACCUGAGGAGGAGGCUUCUCUCAGCAAUAGGCUCAAGACGUAUGCCAACUUUCCAGAAGCACCUCAGGAGGAGGCUUCUCUCAGCAAUAGGCUCAAGACGUAUGCCAACUUUCCUGAAGCACCUCAGGAGGAGGCUUCUCUCAGCAAUAGGCUCAAGACUUAUGCCAACUUUCCAGAAGCACCUCAGGAGGAGGCUUCUCUCAGCAAUAGGCUCAAGACGUAUGCCAACUUUCCAGAAGCACCUCAGGAGGAGGCUUCUCUCAGCAAUAGGCUCAAGACGUAUGCCAACUUUCCAGAAGCACCUCAGGAGGAGGCUUCUCUCAGCAAUAGGCUCAAGACUUAUGCCAACUUUCCAGAAGCACCUCAGGAGGAGGCUUCUCUCAGCAAUAGGCUCAAGACGUAUGCCAACUUUCCAGAAGCACCUCAGGAGGAGGCUUCUCUCAGCAAUAGGCUCAAGACGUAUGCCAACUUUCCAGAAGCACCUCAGGAGCAGGCUUCUCUCAGCAAUAGGCUCAAGACGUAUAACAACUUUCCAGAAGCAGCUCAGGAGGAGGCUUCUCUCAGCAAUAGGCUCAAGACGUAUGCCAACUUUCCAGAAGCACCUCAGGAGGAGGCUUCUCUCAGCAAUAGGCUCAAGACGUAUGCCAACUUUCCAGAAGCACCUCAGGAGGAGGCUUCUCUCAGCAAUAGGCUCAAGACUUAUGCCAACUUUCCAGAAGCACCUCAGGAGGAGGCUUCUCUCAGCAAAAGGCUCAAGACGUAUGCCAACUUUCCAGAAGCACCUCAGGAGGAGGCUUCUCUCAGCAAUAGGCUCAAGACUUAUGCCAACUUUCCAGAAGCACUUCAGGAGGAGGCUUCUCUCAGCAAUAGGCUCAAGACGUAUGCCAACUUUCCAGAAGCACCUCAGGAGGAGGCUUCUGUCAGCAAUAGGCUCAAGACGUAUGCCAACUUUCCAGAAGCACCUCAGGAGGAGGCUUCUCUCAGCAAUAGGCUCAAGACGUAUGCCAACUUUCCAGAAGCACCUCAGGAGGAGGCUUCUCUCAGCAAUAGGCUCAAGACGUAUGCCAACUUUCCAGAAGCACCUCAGGAGGAGGCUUCUCUCAGCAAUAGGCUCAAGACGUAUGCCAACUUUCCAGAAGCACCUCAGGAGGAGGCUUCUCUCAGCAAUAGGCUCAAGACGUAUGCCAACUUUCCAGAAGCACCUCAGGAGGAGGCUUCUCUCAGCAAUAGGCUCAAGACGUAUGCCAACUUUCCAGAAGCACCUCAGGAGGAGGCUUCUCUCAGCAAUAGGUUCAAGACGUAUGCCAACUUUCCAGAAGCACCUCAGGAGGAGGCUUCUCUCAGCAAUAGGCUCAAGACGUAUGCCAACUUUCCAGAAGCACCUGAGGAGGAGGCUUCUCUCAGCAAUAGGCUCAAGACGUAUGCCAACUUUCCAGAAGCACCUCAGGAGGAGGCUUCUCUCAGCAAUAGGCUCAAGACGUAUGCCAACUUUCCAGAAGCACCUGAGGAGGAGGCUUCUUUCAGCAAUAGGCUCAAGACGUAUGCCAACUUUCCAGAAGCACCUCAGGAGGAGGCUUCUCUCAGCAAUAGGAUCAAGACUUAUGCCAACUUUCCAGAAGCACCUAAGGAGGAGGCUUCUCUCAGCAAUAGGCUCAAGACUUAUGCCAACUUUCCAGAAGCACCUAAGGAGGAGGCUUCUCUCAGCAAUAGGCUCAAGACGUAUGCCAACUUUCCAGAAGCACCUCAGGAGGAGGCUUCUCUCAGCAAUAGGCUCAAGACGUAUGCCAACUUUCCAGAAGCACCUCAGGAGGAGGCUUCUCUCAGCAAUAGGUUCAAGACGUAUGCCAACUUUCCAGAAGCACCUCAGGAGGAGGCUUCUCUCAGCAAUAGGCUCAAGACGUAUGCCAACUUUCCAGAAGCACCUGAGGAGGAGGCUUCUCUCAGCAAUAGGCUCAAGACGUAUGCCAACUUUCCAGAAGCACCUCAGGAGGAGGCUUCUCUCAGCAAUAGGCUCAAGACGUAUGCCAACUUUCCAGAAGCACCUCAGGAGGAGGCUUCUCUCAGCAAUAGGUUCAAGACGUAUGCCAACUUUCCAGAAGCACCUCAGGAGGAGGCUUCUCUCAGCAAUAGGCUCAAGACUUAUGCCAACUUUCCAGAAGCACCUCAGGAGGAGGCUUCUCUCAGCAAUAGGCUCAAGACUUAUGCCAACUUUCCAGAAGCACCUAAGGAGGAGGCUUCUCUCAGCAAUAGGUUCAAGACGUAUGCCAACUUUCCAGAAGCACCUCAGGAGGAGGCUUCUCUCAGCAAUAGGAAUCCCAAAAUCCCUGUGGCUACGGGAAAGGGUCCUUGGGUGCCCUGCCUCACCUCGAGAAGCGUCCCUUUUGCCCUGCCAAGCCUCGAAGAGAUUCCUGAGGUGUCCCUCGUUACUAGACACGAGUCCUGA